GUUGAUCAGUUACUGUUCAAAAUAAAAAUUAGCUACAUCUAUAAAAUACGUCUGCUCAGUUAUUAUUCAAAUUUGUUUGUAAUACAACUUAACUACCUAUGUUUACACUCUGAUAUUUUCAGCAAACGUAGUUUAUAUUUAUAUUGUAUAAUUACAGAUUUCUGGUUGUCUGUCCUCUAAAGAUAAUACAAGAGUUUUAUAUUUGAUACAAAACCGCCCAUAAAUCCUAAAAAUAAUUUUUGAUGCAUUUAAAUUAUAUUAAAAGUAUUUUAUAUCUUGGUUUUUAUUCUUACAGGUUAAAUGAUUAUUGAUAAUGUCUGCAUCAUCUUUCAGUAAAUUUGACGAGUUUGGAUUUGAGAGACCUAAGGGUUUUGAUUAUCAUGAAUAUGAGAAAUUUAUGAAAGUUUAUCUAACAAUUCUCGCAAAGCAAUCCAGAAGUUGGUCCUGUUUAUUAAUAUACAAUCAACCUUUAAGAAAAGGUGUUCGCUUACAAAAAUACAUUAGAAAAGGCAUACCACUGUCUUUGAGAUCUCAGGUAUGGUCAUUUGUCAGUGAUAUACCUAAAAUGAAAGAAGAAUAUGAAUCUGAUUUGUAUAAAAAAAUGUUAAGAAAAUCAGUUAGUCCUGAUAUUAAAGAAAUUAUAACAGUUGAUACUCCUAGGACAUUUCCUGAAAAUAUUUAUUUUAAUCAAACACUAGAAAAUCAGGAAGCACUUUUUAGAAUACUUUAUGCAUUUGCUGCUAAUAAUCCGUACAUAGGUUACUGUCAGGGUUUAAACUAUAUAGCUGGACUGUUAUUAUUAGUUACUAAAGACGAAGAAGUAUGUUUUUGGCUACUUAAAGUAUUAAUUGAAAAAAAAUUACCUGAUUAUUAUUCUAAAACUAUGAAUGGUGUAAUAAUAGAUAUUGAAGUUUUUUCUCGUCUUGUACAGAAAAAAUUCCCAGAUGUAUCAGAUCAUAUGAACUCAAUAGGAAUGCAUUGGGCAUUAAUUGUAACUAAGUGGUUUAUUUGUCUCUUUGUUGAAGUUUUACCAGUUGAGACUGUUCUAAGAAUAUGGGAUUGUUUAUUUAGUGAAGGUUCCAAAGUAAUUUUCAGAGUUGGUUUAGCUUUAGUGAAACAUUAUAGAAAAGAGAUUUUAUCUUGUGAGGAUAUUGUAUCUUUAGCUGAAUUUUUCAAAAUAAUGGUUCAACAACCAUAUCCUUUAAAUUGCCACAUUUUUGUUAAGAACAUGUUUUCUGAAAUUGGACCGUUGCCAAUGUCAUUAAUAGAAGAUUUGCGUUUGAAAGUAUUGACAGAACAAUCUACUGAUAAGACUACUUACCAAAAUAGAAAAAAAACAUAAGCAUUAAAAUAUUCAAACAAA